GAGUGGGGGGCUGGCCAUCAUAUACGGGUAUAAUAGAGGAGAAAUAAUGAGGACAUCAUCAGACCAUCGAUACAAAAUGGAGAAGAAAAGCAAAGGAACCCUGGCUGUUGUAUUGUGGGCUUUAACACAAGGUGUUCUGGCCUCUGCUGUGGAGGUCCAGCCCUCCAUCAACCCUGCUGUAGUCGGGGACUCUGUGAGGCUGUCUCUGUCUCCUUCAGCUGCUCUGAACAGUGGAAGCUGGGCAGUGGGAGAGUCUCUCAUUCUCACCUGGCUGGGAGACCAGCAGGCAGUCUUCCCCAGUCACAGCGGCAGGGCGUCAGUCAACGUCCUCACUGGAGCUCUCACCCUGAGCUCUGUCACGGUGGCUGACACGGGAGUCUACACAGUGCAGAGCAAUGACCCCCAGCUUAGUGCCAGUGCGUCCUUCACUGUCCUGGAGCUGAUUUCAAACGUGACACUGAGGAUGAAUCAAACUGACCUGAUUGAGUUCAACAGUUCACCGGUCAUUAAGUGCUCCAUCUCCUCUGGAUCCUCUCUCUCUUUCCUCUGGCUGAACGGCAGCUCUGAGGUCACAGCCAGCGACAGAGUUCAACUCACUGAUGGAAACUCCACUCUCACUAUAGUCAACGUGACCCGCUACGACCAGGGACCGUUCAUGUGUCAUGUGGUCAAUGCUGUCAGUAAUGGCACCAGUGAUGCAGUAAACUUUACUAUCAGCUAUGGUCCAGAUAACAUGGCGCUAACAGUAAACGGACAGAACACGACUUCCUUCCCCACUGGAUCCAAUCUGACCAUGUUCUGUUCGGCACAGUCCAAUCCUCCAGCUCAGCUUCAGUGGGCUGUCGGAGGAGAGCUCGUGAACACUACAGGUCCACUGUUGGAGCUGUUCAGUGUCAGCGAGGGCCAAAGUGGUGCAUAUUCCUGUCUGGCCUUCAACAAUCACACCAACAUCAACAGCAGCAUCACCGCAAACAUCCUGAUAGGAGAGUUCCCGUUGUCAGGGUCUGAACAACAGGCAGUCAAUGUGUGGCUCCUGCCACUGCUACUAUUGGUUGGGUUCCUCUUCUCAGUGUCAGAUGUUGGUGGCUCAUUCUGUCCAUGGAUGACUCUGAUACAAUCUGCAACUAAUCAGACAAUAUAUCCCUCUGAGGACCCGUUACCAGUGGGCAGCACAGUCACACUUUUCAGCCGGAACACUGUUACUACAGGUGCAUGGCUGUUCGACAACGACAUCAUCGUGAUCAUAUUCCCAGGAGAAGAAAUCAUAAGUGACAAUUGGAGUGACCGGGUUACAUUCAAUUCAACCUCUUCAUCGUUGACUAUAAGGUCACUACAGCUCGAAGACUCUGGAGUAUACACGUUACAGGCAGUGAAUUCUUUUCGUGCUCAGUUAACACUGUCAGUCCAAGUGCCUAUUUCAGGUGUGACUCUGAGGGCAAAUGCAAUCAACCUGGUGGAGUUCAAUGACACAGCAGUUCUUACGUGCUCUGUGCUCAACGGCUCGUCCCUGUCUUAUGCUUGGCUGAAAGGCAACUCUGAGGUCACAGACAGUGGGGGAGUACAGUUCAGCAAUGGAAAUGCCACUCUCACCAUGGUCGGGGUGACCCGCUACGAUGAGGGGCCAUUCAGGUGCAAUGUGUCCAAUGGUUUAGGCCAUGAAAUCAGUCUCCCUGUGCGUCUGAACAUCAGCUAUGGUCCACAUAACACAUCAAUGACGAUCAUGCCGAUGAGGUCCACGUACAAAACAGGGUCUAACAUCACACUGUCAUGCUCAGCGGAGUCCAGCCCUCAAGCGAUGUUCCAGUGGAUGUUUAAUUGGAUGUACCUGAAUAAGUCUGGUCCGCUGCUUCAACUAGAGAGGGUUACAGUGAGCGACUCCGGAACUUACAAGUGCAUAAUUCACAACACAGUGACUGCCAGGUUUAGCAGCGAAAGUGCAAUGAUCAGGAUUGUGGAGCCAAUAGUAGCAGUUGCGGUGAGCCACACAGGUAGACUACCAAUCCUUCAUUACCAGUUCAUUCUGGACUGUGAAGUGACUGGAACUGUCGCCAGCAUUUGGUGGUGGAAGAAUGGUGAACCUAUCACUGCUGACAAUACAACAUUCAUUGACCAGGACAACAGGACACUGACUCUCAACCCAGUCCAACUUUCAGAUACUGGAGAUUAUCAGUGUCAGGCUUUAAAUGCUGUGAGCAACAUGACCAGCAGCCCCUACACCGUAAGAGUGAACUAUGGCCCAAUGAAACCAGUGAUUGUGGGGCCAUCCAUGGCUCUGAUGGGAACACUGCAAACCCUCAACUGCUCAAGCGCCUCUUAUCCUCCCAGCCACAUCAGCUGGCACUUCAACAAUACCCAGCUGGCUACCACCUCAGAGUUAACGAUUGGACCGCUAACCCUUAAUAUGAGCGGGAUAUACACCUGCAUGGCCGUCAACAACAUCACCUCCAACAACAGCACUGCCUACACGAUGCUCUCUGUUUUGACUCCAGUGACCAUGGCGUUAGUAAAGAUUGUCGGAGCUCAGCCAAUCCAGAACCACACUUUGACUCUGACCUGUGAGACAGCUGGAAGUGUGGACUGGAUCAUCUGGAUGUAUAAUUCAUCCCCACUGUAUCCUGACAGCACAAGACACUUCUCAAUGGAUAACGCCACCCUCACCUUCAAUCCUGUCAUGAAAUCUGACGAUGGGAACUAUCAGUGCGUAGCUUCCAACCCGUUCAGCAGAUUAUCCAGUCAAAACUUCACGCUGGAGGUUUUUUAUGGACCACAGAUGCCAACUAUCAUGGGUCCAAAUGUGGUAAAGACGGGAGACAAGGUCACACUCAGCUGCUACGCAUCAUCAAACCCUCCCAGCUCCUACAAAUGGUUUUUCAAUGAUACUCUGAUGGCCAAUACGUCUGAGUAUACCACACCUCCUGUUACCAAAGACAUGAGUGGGAUGUACACCUGCGUGGCCUACAACAACAUCACCCACAAAACCAGCACUGCAUACACAAAGUUCACUGUUUUUGAUGGAUUUGAACAUGUGCAAGUAGAACCACCCAUGGAUCCUGCCAUAGAAGGUGACUUUUAUCAGCUAACAUGCAAUGUGACUGGACCUGUUGGGCAUGUUUACUGGAUGAAAAAUGGUGAGCCACUACAUGAAGACAACAGAACUGUUUUCCACAUGGAAAACAAGAUGGUCACCUUCAACCCAGUGGAACAAAACGACACUGGAGACUACCAGUGUGUGGCUACCAAUGCGGUUUGGAACAUGACCAGCCCUCCAUACAGGCUCCUUGUGAACUAUGGACCAGAAAAACCUAUGAUUUAUGGGCCAGCUUUUGGUGAGACAGGACAUAACGUGACCUUCUCCUGUUCUGCCAUGUCGGUGCCUCCCUGUGAGUUCAGCUGGUUGUUCAAUGGCUUCAGCGUGGGCAAUAAUUCAGAGUAUACUACUGAGCGUUUGUCUUUUAAUAUGAGUGGAGAGUACACCUGCGUGGCCUCCAACAACGUGACGAAACAGAACAGCAAUAUCACCAAGAUGCUCACAGUCAUUGAGGCAAUUGAGUCAGUGAUGAUCAAAAACAACACAGUCCCAAUAAACUCAGAGAACUUCACUCUCACCUGUGAUGUUGUUGGGCCCUAUGACGCGAUCUACUGGAUGAAGGACAACAAGUACCUCGCCAUGACAAACUCCAGCUCACAAUCAAACAUGUCCUACCACGCUAUAAACAACACACUGCACUUCACCCCAGUGACGAUGGACAAUGAUGGGGUAUAUCACUGUGUCGCUGUCAAUCAGGCUGGUCCACAUAGAAGCCCCAAUUACAACCUCUUGGUGAACUAUGGCCCUCUGUCCGUAAAAAUCUCUGGUCCAUUCGUAACAGGAAUUAAAAACUACGUGACCAUGGUGUGCUCCGCUGAUUCUCGGCCCGAUUGUAAAUACCAAUGGUUCUUCAAAACCCAGUCGUCAGUGGCUGUAGCGGCUGGCCCUGUUAUCACUUUCCCUUCGAAGAAAGAGAAUGAGGGAAUGUACAUAUGUAAGGCGAGGAACCCUGUGACCAAAAUCACACUGUACAAGACUCAAACCUUCACUUUCUCAGCCUCCGCCCUCCACCUCCCAUCCCGAGGCGGUCUGAUGUUGAUGGGUGUGUUUGCUUUGUCUGUCUCCAGGCUUUUCAGCUGAACAGUCAGACUGAAAGACGUCUUGCUCCCUCUGCGGUCUGAGUAGUCUUACUGUAAAAUGAGUGUGAAGGUAUUGUACGGUCUAUAAUCUGAUGCUAUAUUAUCAGUCCUUGUGGGUUUUGCCGGAGAGGUAAAGAAGAAUGUGAAAGUAUGACAGACUUUGAUUUAAGUUACAGGAUUUUUUUGCCGUUGGAUACUUUCUUUUAUCGGUUUUAUUUUCAUUAUCAAACAGAAUAUUAACAUCUACAGACACUGAAAGGGAAUUAAAUCACCUUAUUAUUGCAUUGCCCGUUUUUUUAGGUGACAUGAUUUCAAUAUUAGCAAGUGAAAGUAGUUGUAUUAGUGUUAUUGUGUUGACUGUUGCUUUAACUGUAACUGCCUCUGAGGUAGUUUAAUACAAGUAAUUCAAUACUUUGUAUAAACAAUUUACUCCUCUAAAAUACCUGCACACUCUUCUGGUACCAGCUGCAACUCUUCACUGUAAACACCUGCAGCUUUUCUGUCAUGUGUUAUAUUAUUAGAAC